AUGAACGCCAUAGCCCAAUCCGCUGCCCUUGGAUUGGGAGCGGCUGUCUUCCUGCUGCUCGCGUACGCCAUUGGCGGUGCUAUCUACAAUGUUUACUUCCAUCCUUUGCGGAAAUUCCCUGGACCGAAACUAGCGGCCGCGUCUAAAAUCCCCUUCUGCCUCAACCGCUGCCGCGGACUCCAAAACAAAUGGGCCAAGGAAAUGCACGACAAGUAUGGCGAAGUGGUCCGUCUGGCUCCUGACCAAGUUUCAUUUACGUCGGUCGAAGCCUGGAAAGACAUCUACGGCCACAAAGUCGGAGGCAAGGGCGGAAUGUCCAAAGAUCUGAGGUUCUACGGUCCUGACAGCGCUGGGUUUAACGGGAUCAUCAGAGCAAACGACGAAGACCACACCCGGCAGCGUCGCCUCCUGGCGCACGCCUUUUCGGACAAGGCGCUGCGCGAGCAGGAGCCGAUGCUCAACAAGUAUGUCUCGCUGCUGGUAGAGAAACUGGGCGACGUGGCGCGCAUGCCCGACGGGUCCGUCGACAUGGUGCGCAUGCUCAACUACACGACCUUCGACAUCAUGGGCGACCUUGCCUUCGGCGAGCCUCUGGGCCUGCUGGAGCAGUCGGACUACACGCCGUGGGUGGCAUCCGUCUUCGGCACCAUCAAGACGUACGUGCUGCUGGCGACCAUCAUGAACAACUUCCCCCUCAUCGGCGCGGCCAUCCGCCGCUGGUUCAUCCCGCAGUCGCUGGUCGAGAAGAAGAAGAGGCACGCGGCCUACGCCGAGGAGCGCGUCGACACGCGGCUGGCCAACAAGACGACCGAGCGGCCCGACAUCUGGACCUUCGUGCUGCGCCACAGCGGCGACAAGGACAACGAGGGCAAAGGGCUGGCCCUGCACGAGAUGCAGUCCAUCGCCUCGACCCUCAUGCUCGCCGGCACCGAAACCACCGCCACCCUGCUCUCCGGCCUGACCUACCACCUGUGCCUGAACCCGGCCAAGAUGGCUGCCCUGAAAGCAGAGAUCCGCGGCGCCUUUUCCGACCCCAGCCAGAUGGACAUGACCAACCUGUCGCACCUGCGCUACAUGCACGCCUGCCUCGAGGAAGGUCUGCGCAUGUACCCGCCCGUGCCUGUCGGUUUGCCGCGCGUCGUGCCCGCCGGCGGCCGUGUCGUCUGCGGCCAGGCUGUCCCCGCUGAUACCAGCGUCUACCUGUCCCACUACGCCGCCUACCACUCCGCCCGCAACUUCUGCGACCCGGACGAGUUCGUGCCCGAGCGCUGGCUCACCCCGGACGAGAACGGCGUCGAGGACCCCCGCAGGGACCCCAAGUACAAGAACGACGUCCUCAGCGUCGUCGAGCCCUUCAGCUACGGUCCGAGGAACUGUAUUGGAAAGAACCUUGCUUUCCACGAGAUGCGCCUCAUUCUCGCAAACGUCCUCUGGCACUACGAUAUCGAGCUUUGCCCGGAAAGUAAGGACUGGGUCGAUCAGGGGGUGUGGAUCAUCUGGGAGAAGGGCCCGUUGAUGUGCAAGCUUAAGCCUGCCGUCCGGUCUUAA